ACUAAAUCUCGAAACGGAUUUUCGUUCAUAAAUGUAGCUUAUUUCUUGCGAUUUUCAAAUGAUGAGAUGUCAACAAUUGAAAAAGUUUAGUGUAUCUCUCCUACAUCAUUCUCUUGAAGACACUUUGGAAUACCACUUCCGGUUCCUUAUUUUGAUGAUCCCUCUAGUUCGAUGUUUGGGAUGCUGUGUUUAUCCGCAACUUCUGGGAUAAAUCUUUAUUUUCUUCUAUUAUCUUGCGUAUCGUGUUUAAAUAAAACAUUGUUUUGGUGUUAUGAUUGAAAAUUACUAUGAAUAUGAGAUUCAUAAUACGGUUACUAAACUUAAAAAUUUUGUUUUUAUUGUUAUUUAUUAUUAUAUUUAAUUGUAGAAGUAUAACUCCCUAAUUCUGUAAUUUUAUCCUAAUUUGAUUAAAAUUCUCCUUAAGCCUAAGAACACAAAUAAUGAGUGAAAUUAAAUACUUUAAAUUAUUGUAAUAUAAUUCUAGCUAUAGCAGUGGGUAAAUUCCAUUUAUAAAAUUGGAACUUUUCCGACCAGAGCAGAGAUUACAAUUGUAAUUUGUAUAUCCAUUUUGUUAAUCAUAAUUUUUUCUGAGGAAAGUGAACAGGAAGUUGGUGGUAAAGUGCAAUCAUUUUAAAUGAAACUGUUGAAGAUUUAAUAUAUGCUGCUUAGUGGUGAUGCAUUUAAUAUACAAUCAUGGAUGCUCGAUCGAUUCCCCGACUCAACGAUCAAGAGGCACACAGAGCUCUAGAACUUCUGGAAGAUUAUCACAGCAAACUUAUUCGACCUCAAGAUAAACAAUUAAGAAAUGCAAUUGAAAGAGUUAUUAGGAUAUUCAAGUGCAGAUUGUUUCAAGCGUUGCUCGAUAUCCAGGAGUUCUAUGAGAUCACACUUUUGGAUGAAUCUAAAAGUAUCCAACAAAAAACUGCAGAAACUCUGCAGAUUGCUUGCAAGUGGGAAAACAGCCCUUCACUCUCUGGCCUUAAUUACCUCAACAGUGAGAAGUACAGGUAUGAUGAAGAUGAACCCCUCAAAGAUUUCAGUGGCCUGGAUGGUCUACCUCGCUCUCUUCUCGAAGGAAGGGCAGGGUCAGAAUUACCCAGUCUUCCCGAAUCUCCCAGGAGGAAUACAGAUGGAUGGUUACUCCCAGACUAUGAUCAAGCUCAAACUCCUUUACUUGGAUCGGAUAGAUUUAUCACAAAUGGCGAAGAAGAUUGGGAGUAUGAAGAAAUCACGCUGGAAAGGAGUGGCACUGGAUUGGGUUUCAGCAUAGCUGGUGGUGUUGAUAAUCCCCACAUUGGGGAUGACCCAAGCAUUUACAUCACGAAACUCAUCGCAGGUGGCGCUGCUGCAGCCGAUGGAAGAUUGCAGGUGAACGAUGCGAUAGUGAAAGUGAAUGAAGCAAAUGUUGUGGACGUUCCUCAUUGCGUUGCUGUCGAUGCACUCAAGAGAGCCGGUCACACAGUCAGGCUGUUGGUGAAGAGACUAAAACCUGAGCGUGUUCUGGAGAUAGAGUUAGUGAAAGGAAACAAAGGUCUGGGGUUCAGUAUAGCCGGAGGAGUGGGCAAUCAGCACGUCCCUGGAGAUGAUGGCAUCUACAUCACGAAGGUGAUGGAAGGUGGUGCGGCUCACUUGGAUGGCAGGCUUCAAGUCGGAGACAAACUUCUCGCUGUGGGAGACGUCAACCUGGAACGCGUGACACACGAAGAAGCGGUGGCUACGUUGAAAGCGACGUCAGACCACGUGGUGCUCACUGUAAUGAAGACCAGGUUCCCACCUGAUUUUUUCACCAAUCAUAAUAUCUCAUCUCCUCCUUCAUACAUAGAAGAUGUCUCUUCACCCAUGCCUCUCUCAAAGUAUGACACGGAUUCCUUGAUGAAUGCCAUCCUUCCUAAAGUGGCUGCAGAUGAGGAAUUUACGAGGGAACCUCGUAAAGUUAUCCUGAAUAAAGGAUCGACUGGACUUGGUUUCAACAUAGUGGGUGGUGAAGACGGCGAAGGGAUCUUCAUCUCUUUCAUCUUGACCGGUGGACCGGCAGACAUGAGCGGUGAACUCAAGAGAGGAGACCAGAUUUUGUCGGUGAAUAGCAAUGACUUGAGACAUGCGACGCACGAACAGGCGGCAGCAGCCCUGAAAGGAGCUGGACAAACUGUCACCAUGGUGGUACAGUACAGGCCGGACGAAUACAACAGAUUCGAAGCAAAGAUUCAUGAUUUAAGGGAGCAGAUGUUGAACACCUCUGGAAGUCUACGAACCUCCCAAAAAAGAUCCCUCUACGUCAGAGCGCUCUUCGAUUACGACCCAUCCAAGGACAGCGGCCUUCCAAGCAGGGGACUCGCCUUCAACUUGGGAGACGUGCUUCACGUCAUCAACGCCAGUGACGACGAAUGGUGGCAGGCGACCAAGAUUCUUCCUGGCGGUCAAGAGGAAGGAAGGGGAAUAGUCCCUUCAAAGAGAAGGGUUGAAAGAAAGGAAAAGGCGAGGCUUAAGUCGGUUAAAUUCCAAGGCAAGAGCAAUGUUAAUGAUGGGAAGAAUACUUUAGAUCGUAAGAAGAAGAAUUUCUCCUUCUCACGGAAGUUUCCGUUCAUGAAGAGUAAAGAAAACGCAGGGGAAGACAGCGACAUAGAAAGAGAGGGAUCUCCCACUAAAGAGAUGACCGUGUCCAAUACAAGUGACCCUGAAACUAGUAGUUUGAGAGGCACAGAAGAACACGUUUUGUCAUACGAAGCCGUUGUACAGCAAGAGAUUUCAUACACGAGACCUGUGAUUAUUCUGGGACCAUUGAAAGACAGGAUCAAUGAUGAUUUAAUCUCCGAGUAUCCCGACAAAUUUGGCAGCUGUGUACCACAUACGACGCGGCCUAAACGUGAUUAUGAAGUGGACGGUCGAGAUUACCAUUUUGUGGCUUCUAGGGAGCAGAUGGAAAGAGAUAUUCAGAACCACCUCUUCAUCGAAGCUGGACAAUACAAUGAUAAUCUCUAUGGAACAAGUGUUGCAUCAGUCAGGGAGAUCGCCGAAAAAGGAAAGCAUUGUAUAUUGGAUGUGAGCGGAAAUGCUAUAAAACGUCUUCAAAUGGCAAAUCUGCAUCCCAUAGCUAUCUUCGUUAAACCCAAAUCAGUCGAAUCAAUUAUGGAAUUUAACAAAAGGAUAACAGAAGAUCAAGCUAGAAAGACAUUCGAAAGAUCUUUAAAAUUGGAACAAGAGUUUGCUGAAUAUUUUACAGCUGUUGUGCUAGGGGACACACCCGAAGAAAUCUACGAGAGGGUUAAAGAAGUGAUACAGAACGAAUCUGCUCCAACUAUAUGGGUUCCAGCCACUGACAAACUCUGAAGAUUUUCUAUUUUUGUGAGACAUUCCUUUUCAUCAUCUCUUCUGGACAACAACAAAAAAGUGUGCACGAAAAUCUUUUUCGUUUUUUUUUUCUUCUUGUGCGUGACUAUCAAAACUCGAAAUUUCAAUAUUAUUUGGUUUUCCUUCUCUAGCGUUGAUUUGCUGUUAGAGGCCGGGAAUGCUCUAAAAAAUCGCCUUUGUACAGUGGCGUAGGCAGCAGAACUUGAUUUUUUUUUUAAAGUCAAUAACAUUUUCAUGUGAUUGUCAUUAAAAACAGGAAACAUUUAUUUUACCCUGAUAAAUAAUAGCCUGUCUCAAAAGUUCAAAGCUAAAAUAAACACCAUUCAAAUGAUCUUUAAAA